UUCACAAAAAGCACACACCGUACCGUAGUCAGUACAACGUCAAAUUCGUCCGGGAACAACAUGUACCAAGUAUUGCAUUAGUCGUCGAAUCACAUCGUCCACGAUGCUGCCGCUGGUCGUGCGGCGGCAGGCUUGCCUCGGCCACUAUCAUAGUAGUCAUGUCGUCGUCCGUGGCCAUGUCCGCGCACUCAUCCCACAGCGCCGUACAUUCUUCGGCAUGGGAGAGAUUAUCGGGGUGCUCACUAAUCCAGCUGCAACUCUGCAGCAGUUGAAGGAGUCCAAGGACAUGCUCGAAAAGGCGCGCGAGGAGAGUGAGCUGAAGAAUGAACGGACUAAACUACCGCCCAAGCAUACUUUCAGCAAGCUGCCAGGAUUCCAUGGACGACAGGCUGAGCAGACGCUCCUGCGCAAGAUCUUGUCCAACACGGCGAAGAUGACGGUCAUGUUUGGGGCGACCAGCGUGGGAAAGACGGCGUUGCUUCGGGAAGUGCUAGCGACCGACGACUUCUACGUCGUGAAAUUUGACCUUCGUAUCAGCGGUUUCGCCGAUCUGAGGACUCUGUACAUUGCUCUUUGCGAGCAGUUUGAGCAAUUUUUUGCCGAGAUGCACGACGAGGAGAUGGAGAAAAACGGACUAGUAUUCAAACAUCUGAAGCGAGACCUGCUUGAGAAGUUGCAGCCGGCGGAUAAUAAUGCUGGCUACACCGUGACUGUCGCCGACCUGGCUAGCUUGAUGGAGUCACUGCAAAGCUGCUUGCUAAAGUACUGGGAAUACGAUCCUCGCGCUGCCGGAAACGAAGGAGACGGAGACGGCGCGGAGAAGAUGGCGGAGAAGAUGAAGAAGAUAGCAAAAGAUGGUAGCAAAGACAGUGGCGAGACUCACGAGGAGCCGCCAGAACCUUUCCAAAAGCGACCCAUCGUCUUUCUGAUGGACGAAGCUCACAAACUACCCGCACUUGUCGAUGACCAACUGAGCUUGAAAGUCUUUCUGGAUACCUUGCUCGUGCUCACUAAGCAAGACCGCUUGUGCCAUGUCAUUCUCGCCACCAGCGACUCCUUCUUCCACCAUUUCCUGCGUACGAUGAAUGUUGGUCACCAUUGUCAACUCGUUACCAUCGGUGAUUGCUCCAGAGAAGAAACUAAAGCUUACUUCGACGACAUCAUCCAGGACACCAUCCCCGAGCAUCUGCAACACAAAAUCAGUUUCGAAGAGCUCUACGAUGCCUUUGGUGGUAAACUCGCGCACAUUAGUGACUAUGUUAGCAGCUGGGUCAAUUGCGAUGGUGACCUGACCAUCUACGAAUCUGCCAUUUUCGUCCAAGCCUAUACCCUCCUUCAAUUCCACCUCACGAGAAGUACCUUCGCCACCUAUUCUCCUCUUUCGGUGGCCAUCUCUGGCACCAGCACAGACAAAGAUGAUUCGACCUUCACACCCGAACAUCUGGUCCAUGUCAUGAAGAAGAUGGUCGAGUCGCCAUACUCGCUGCCUUACUUUCAGCUAUGCAAGGAGAUUGGCACGAGCGAAGUUGAUUCUAUGAUUAAAACCAGGAUCUUGGAGUUGAGGUGGACGAAGAGUGUGGCGCCCGAAGAUACCGCGGCUGAGCAUAUUUGGAGCAAGGAUGGAAUUCAGAGACCUGUUGUGUUGCCCAUGACUCGCAUUGUGAGGAGAGCCAUGGAGGUCGUGUUGCAGGAGGAUGCAGAACGAGAGAAGAUUGCGAAAGAGGAGCGAUGAAGAUGGAUCACAGAAACAGCCUUAUGCGGGAGGUAGCGUCCAACACCAACAGCACAUGCUACCACAGCCAUGGACCACGCACGCUAUCUUGGGAGCUUUCGGUGGAAUAGGCAUGUUGCAGUAACACUAGCAAGCUUCUCGUUGGCUCGCCGUUUACACGCGGUCAGCACGAGGCGACGUCGUACAGCAUGUAGCUGGUCUACACAAGGUCAUAAUUACAGCACAGCAUAUGGCUGCUGACAGUCAGCACACGCCUACGCCUUAUAGAAGAAGAACAAGAAGUAAGCAGCUCGGCCUCGUUGUCCAAAUUGUCUUGCCUGCUUUCUUCUCCACCCCACUUUGCGCGCUUCCACAGCCCUUUCGAUGGACGCCCCUAAGCCAGGCGCAGGCGAUAUGCAUGAUCAAGCGCCCGAAGUCUCCCUCCGAGGGCAUCAAGAUGAUGGACCUAUACUCGCUACAGCAUAUACGACGAACAGCUUCGACCACAACCCCUCAUAUCAGCAACAGCAAGACAAACCACACACGGGCUUCACGCCGAUCCAGCAACACCAUUUUCUACCGCAAUAUGCCCAAUCUAUGCAGCAUCCAACGCCUCCAUCAUUACCAGCGUCAGCGGAGCGACAACAACAACAGCAAGAGCAAGUGGAUCCUCCAACUCCUCCACAAGCGAAAAGAAAAGGCAAAUGGAUAUGGCCC